AUGGGCACAGGAAUUGUGUCAAUCCUUCUCAAUACCCUACCCUACAACGGAACAUGGCUUUACUGGAUAUCGGUCAUAAUCUUUGCCCUUAAUGUGCUGCUCUUCAUGCUCUUCCUCACCAUAACCCUCAUCCGCUACAUCCUCUGGCCAGACAUUUUCCCCGUCAUGGUGACUCACCCAAGCCAAUCGCUUUUCCUCGGAACCAUACCCAUGGGAUUCGCCACAAUUAUCAACAUGUUCUGCUUCGUCUGCGUUCCGGCAUGGGGUGAAUGGGCUACUUAUUUCGCAUGGGCCAUGUGGAUCGUAGAUGCCAUCUUGUCUGUCUUAACUUGUUUCGGAAUUCCCUUCAUCAUAAUAACCCGAAAAUCCGAGGUAACUCUCCCCUCAAUGGGAGCCGCAUGGUUACUCCCGAUUGUAGCGUGCGUGGUCACAGCAGCCUCGGGGGGUAUCGUCGCCUCGAUACUACCACAACCCCAAUAUGCGCUGGCGACGAUUCUAGCCAGCUACAUCCUCUGGGGCGUGGGUGUUCCACUCGCCCUCAUGGUAAUGGCCAUCUACUUGCAACGGUUAAUGCUACACAAACUACCCCCGAAAGCCAUCAUCGUUAGCACAUUCCUCCCUCUCGGUCCUCUGGGUCAGGGGGGGUUCGGAAUUCAAAAACUCGGCCUCAGCGCCCGAGAAAUAUUCCCACUAACAAAUACCCUCCACCCCGGAACUGGCGAAGCCCUAAACGACAUGGGAUUCCUCCUCGGUCUGCUGCUGUGGGCAUUUGGGUCGCUCUGGCUGUUUUUCGCCGUGGGGUCGGUGUUACGCAUGAAAUCGUUUCCCUUUAAUCUGGGGUGGUGGGCGUUUACCUUUCCGCUGGGGGUUUAUUCGACUUGUACGGUGCAGCUUGGGAGGGGUUUGCCGUCGACGUUCUUUGCUGUACUGGGCACGAUUCUCUCGCUGUGUGUGGUCUUGCUGUGGGCUGUUGUGAGUGGUUUUACACUUCGUGGGAUUUAUAAUAAGACCCUUUUUGUGGCGCCUUGUUUGAAGAAUCUUGAUGAGAAACGGAAGAGGGAUGUUGAAUCGGAAGGACGAAGGUGA